CACCGACCGCCGACCCGCGGAGGAAUCUCUCCAACGCGCGGACCGUCGUCAAGGGGCCCGGACCAAAGUUGCUCGGACUUUGUGCUCAGCAUUCGUCGUUCGUCGGAUCCCACGGUCGCGCUAUGGACCUUUCGGACCUAACGUCUCUAGAGCUCGAAAUCCUGGAACGGACAGCUGACAUGGGUGCCAUAUCCUAUGAUUCGACCCCGAUGCGCGACGUCGACGAACGCAGCGCCGCGGGCGCCGACUGUGGCAACGACGAACGGCCGCGCCGCGGUGAAGCGAGUCCGCAAGAGCUGGAAGACGCACCCGACGAUGGAAUCGGGCGGCUUGGGAACACGGACUGGUGUCUAUGUGGUUCCUGCGCGCCGAUGGAGACCGUCGUCGAGUGCGUCUGCUGCCGCGAAUACCCGGCCGUCGCACGGAAGCAGCAGGGCCGGCAGGGCUGCGUAACGGGCCACCCGGACUUCGAGGCCCUGUGCCUCAACCCUGAGGUGUUGAGGUUGGCCUACCUCAACAUGCGGCACUACGGGCAGCAAGGGAUGGGCGCAAGUGCCAGCGAGCACUACAGAUUUGCAGCCUACAGGCAGUGUGCCCUGUGGCUGUGGAGCCGCUUGGGAAAGAAGAAUAGGCGGCCCCUGCCAUCCUGUCUGGUCAAGACAAUUAGGGGCAGGUAUCCUGCUGACGUGUAUGCGGGCUACAGGGAUGCAGAAUAAAUUGCGUUGACCUAGAGACCACGCAACCCCCUUCCCUUGUCUCUUCACCCUCCCUGCAUGUGUGUGAAGUCGCUCGUAGCCAUGAACGGAAUCCUCUAAAUCACGUGACCUAUUAUCUACGAUAUCACGUGACCAUAACUAUGAUCACAUGAUCGUAGUCAAACC